GGUGUAUGAGCGCAAGGAUAAUCACAGAGAGACGGGGCGGUGUGGAUCCUGUUCUGCGGCAGCUGCUGGGUUUUUCAUCCCGUGAGGAUCAGUCUCUGCUUUAUACCUGGAAUGAGCAACGCUUGACACAUCGGAGGACAGAAGAGGGUCGAAGGAGUUAAGCUGUGAACACUUUGCCAGACCUCUAAAUCCUGAAGAAAACCUUCCCAACCGAGAGGAACAAAGACGCACAGGUAGAGGAAGAAGCAUCAAGAAGAAGCAUGGAUAAGGGAUGUCGAAUUUAAGGAGAGAAACUGACUGCAGGUUUUCCAUAAAAUGAGAAGCAGGAUAAGGGACAGGAUGAAGAGAUGAUGCAUUGUGGCAAAACUGAAGACUGAAACCUUGACUGGCAAAGCAGGACAAGCCUCUGUGUAUUAAGAAGCGUGUCGGUUCAUCUGUAUUCAUCUGCUCAUUCAUGCUGUAUGGGAAACCUUCAGAUGAUUUGGAGGUCAAGAAAAUACUGGAUUAUUUUGCAUGGUCCAGCCAUGAGCAAGACUUCUCAUUGGUCCCCUAGUAGAUGUCCAACAGGACAAGGGUUGUUCAUAUGUUAGGAGGCCAGAGGCACGAGUGUCAGCAUGCACAUGUCAGAAAUGAAUCCUGUUAAAUGUAUGGUUGUAAAGAGGUUAACUGCCAUGCAUCAUCUUCCCUAAUGAAGCAGCAUUAGAGCACCUAUGCCAUUGAUUGAGGCUCCAGAAAGGAUUAAUUUCAUUGCAGGAAAUUACUGAAGUGCAUGUGAAAGAUAUUAAUUCUGCAGUUUAAAGUGAUUAAAGAAUGCCAAGGACUGUUGGAUUUUAUUGCUACACUUCUUAACGUUUGCCUUGUGGACCAAAGACCGCUGAGUUUCUAUUUAAAAACUGUAUACCCUGAUUCAUCAAAAAAAAAAAAUAUAUAUAUAUGUAUAUAUUAAUAAUAAUAAUAAUAAUAGUCAUGUUGUAAGGGUUGUGGGCUUGUGCUUUCCAACUUGCCAUCUUAUCACUUUCCUUAUUUUGUGACUUCAGUCUUGUAAAAGUGGGCAUCAUUUGGCCCCUGGGGGUCCGGGCUGCCCCGGCCCCGGCCCCCAAACCAAAAAUGCGUCGCUCUAGUACAGAUGAGACCCCGUACCGCCGGAGUCCGUCUCUGGACAGCAAGGGCUCGGCGCCUCUGCGCUACAGCGGCGAGUACGAGUACCACAGCUCGCCCUUCAUCUUCGGCCUUCGUACCACACCGGGCUCAAAGAAAGCUACAGCCAGCUACACCACGGCACAGGGACGGAAAUACGUGGUGUUUUACCUCGACCUGUCCUUCAUCUUUCUUCUAGAGCUGCGGCGCUGCAGGAUGGCCGAGGGCUGCCUGAGGGCCCUGAGAUACGGGAUGGUUUUCUUCAAUCUGCUCUUCUGGCUGGGCGGCUGUGGGAUUCUGGGAGUGGGAGUUUGGCUUUCCAUCACGCAGGGAAACUUCGCCACGCUCUCUUCGUCUCUACCAUCGCUCUCCGCUGCCAAUCUGCUCAUCGCUGUGGGAAGCAUCAUCAUGGUGAUUGGCUGCCUGGGCUGUGUGGGUGCGGUCAAAGAGAACCGGCCAUUACUCCUGAGCUUCUUCAUUCUGUUGCUUAUGAUGUUAUUGUUGGAGAUUCUGUUCAUGAUUCUGUUCUUCGCAUAUCAAGAUGAGAUUGAUCUGUAUGCGCAAAGCGACCUGAAGAAAGGCCUGCAGCUGUUUGGGACUGAAGGAAACAUCGGCCUGACCAAUGCCUGGAGCAUCGUCCAAACCGACUUUCGCUGCUGUGGAGUGACCAAUCACACGGACUGGUUUCACGUCUAUAACGCGACGCGUGUGCCGGACUCCUGCUGUCUGGAGUACAGUGAUAACUGUGGUCUGGAGAAUCCUGGCACCUGGUGGACAGCGCCGUGUUACGAGCGAGUGAAGGGCUGGCUGCAGGAGAAUCUGGUGGCUCUGUGGAUCUUCGCUCUGUGUACGGCUCUAACACAGAUCCUGGGGCUGGUGUUCUCGAUGACCAUAUUCUGUCACGCUGUAAAAGUGGAGACCUUCUACGCAUAGAGAUGCAGAACCGGACCAAACACAUUCCUGCUUCUCCAUCCAAAACUUGUGUCCGUCACUGUAGAAAUCAGUCAUCAUGUUUCGCUUACACACUGCUAUUUGCAAAAUGAUUUUAUAAGCCAGAUCAACUGAAAUAACAGCUCUUUAUUGUGAAUAUUUAAGGGACAUUCUUUUUUUGGUUAGGGUUUUCUUUGGUCUAUUUGUGAAGAAAAUACAGAAAUUUUAAAGAGGGAAACGGGAAACUAAUUUUAUAUUUGUAUAAUUUCAUAUUAAUAUACAUGAAAUUAACAUCCACUGUUUAUAUUUAUUCAGAGCGAGUUCUCAAUAGAUUUAAAAGGUAAGAUUUUAGAAAACAUUUUUGUAUAUUUGACUUAUUUGGCAUAGUCUUUAAAACAAAAAGUAAUAAAACAGACACAUUUUACUUGAGCAAAUAAAGUACUUCCCAUAUGUAGGAAGAAGCACAAGUAUGUUCAGCAGAGCUGAUUCAGUUAAAGAGCAAAAGCACAGAUUAACGUUGUGGGAUUGAUUGUGGGCUCAAGAACCGAUUGUACACAAUGUGUGUCCUUUCUGUGCCAGGCAGUUCUACAUGAUACAUUCUACAUCGCUGCCUGUUUAGCCCCACCCACCAAUUCUACAUCGCUGCCUG